UGUGCCCCCCAGUACAGCAACUCGGCCGGCAUCAACUACGAGACGCUGGGUCCCGAGGAGCUGCGGACGCUGCUCACCACGCAAUGCGGGGUCAUCUCCGAACACACCAAGAAGAUGUGCACCAGGUCCCUGCGGUGUCCCCAGCACACGGAUGAGCAGCGCAGGGCAGUCCGGGUUUACCUCCUCGGGCCCUCGGCGUCCCUGCCCGAGGCCGAGGGCAGCGUGGAGAACGACAGCUUCGAGGUGGCCGAGAGCCAGGCCCUGAUGAGCCGCCUGCAGUGGGACGGCUCCUCCGACAUCUCCCCCUCCGACUCGGCCUCCUCCAAAGCCAGUACAAACAACUCCGAGUCCCGCAAGACCAAGAAGAAGAAGCCCCACCUGGGGCUGGUGAGCGGUGCCCCAGGGCUCGGCUCCAGCAAGAAGAAGAAGCCCAAGCCCCCCGCCCCCCACACCCCCAGCAUCUAUGAUGACAUCAACUGAGCCCCGCAGAGCUGGGGAGGGGCAGGACGGACAGAGGGACAGACAGGGGCCAGGACAGCCCCCGGGCACCCCCAGGCCAGACACAAGGCGGGUACCGGAGCACAGAGGACUCGGCUGUCGCUGGAGUGGGGCUGGAUUUGGGGAGCCCCAUUAGUGCCCCCCUUCCUCCCCCUGCCCCCCGUGCCUCUAUUUAUUCUGUGACAGUUUUUGUUCAUGAGGUUCCCGUUGGGGCAUCUCCCUCGGACAUGGGGGUACAGCCCCCCCAUCCCUCCCAGCACCCCCAAAGCCAGCCGUGCCCCCCACACCCGCUCCUCACUUACCCACUGGGGUGGGGGGCACCUGGACACCCUGGGCAGGUCCGGGCCUGGCUCAGGGGGUUGUGAAUCCCCCCUGCCCUGGGGUUUUGGGGUGAGCCCCCCACUCUGGAGCGGCCUCCCCUCCCUGCCCCGGGCUGGCACUCGCUGGUCGGGCUGGCUCAGGAGGGGGGGUCACACUGGAGGGGGUGUUUCACACUCAGAGGACAGGCGGGCACCCUCUCACCC